GACAGUGACACAUCAUUUUCUGUGAUUUUUCUGUAGAUUCGAUUGUAAUAUCGUACUUGAUCGUACUUAUUUAUUCUAUAUUUUAAAACAAAAAUUCUUUUUAUUACUAAAGUAUUUGAAAAAAGCACUGCAUGGAUUUUCUCUACAUGUUAUCUAAGAAAUUCAAGAGUGUGAAUCAUACCGAAUGUAUUUAAUAAACUAUGUACCUACCACUAACAAUAUGGAAUUUGCAAUCCCUCGGCGAUGCCUUCUAAAACUGACGAAUUUUAACCAAAAUGAAUGAAAAUUUUAAUUAUUAAUGAACUUUAAUUUGCCGAUACACGAUGUCAGAAGUUAAGGGAACGAAAGCUUUGGAGUUAUGGUGUAAACGGUUAGUGAAAGAUUGUCCAGAUGUGAAAAUAGAUAAUAUGACAACAUCAUGGAGAAAUGGGAUGGCUUUUUGUGCUCUAGUGCAUCAUUUUAGACCAGAUUUAAUAGAUUUAUCUAAAUUGAAACCAGAGGAUAUAUAUGAGAAUAAUGAACUUGCAUAUAGUAUUGCCGAAAAACACUUGGGCAUUCCUGCGCUUUUGGACCCUGAGGAUAUGGUUGAAAAUGAGAUCCCUGAUAGAUUGUCAAUUUUAACAUAUCUAUCCCAGUUCUAUCAACGUCUUGGGCAUACUGUGAACACAAAAACACCUGAAAGUGAGCCUAAAGUAUCAUCAUCAGCAACAAAUCAAACCUCAACUCCAAUCAAAUUUGGAAAAGUGGCUCUAGAUAAAUGUGCUGCAUGUGGGUUGCCUGUGUACUUGGCACAGAGACUUAUGGUGGCCCAGAAGCUCUAUCACAGGAGAUGUUUCCGUUGUUCAAAAUGCUUGGGGCAUUUGAACCCAAAAAGUUAUCAUGUCAUUGACACUUCUGAGUUUUCCUGUGAUACAUGUAAAAAUGAAAAAAACACACCUAAAUUGCUUAACAACAAUGACCAAAUAGGAAUGCUGGCAUUCAGUGGUGAUAUGAAUUCAAGUCAAGGUCUCCAAAUUGAAAAGCCAGUUAGUACAAAAAGUUUGCCAAGACCACAAUCAAUAUUAGAAAAAAUAAGUAUGUUUGAAAAGAACAUAGAAAAAGAAACCAGUAUUCAGGAUAAAGUAGGAAAUAUUAGUUUAAAAGACAAUUAUAAUGAUAAGUGUAAUGAUAGAGAAGUGUACAAAUCAAUUGAUGAUACUAAACCAGGAAUGAUUAAUAACCAGAUUGUUGAGACAAGAAAUAAACAAGUUGAUUUACCACCAAUAGAAAGUGAUAAUUUACAACAAGAGAGUGACAAUGUUUAUAAAAAUAUACCAGAAAUAACUUAUAGAAGUAACACAGAUAAAUUCAAUUUUUUACAAACUCAGUUAUCUACUGAUGCAUUAGAUGCUGAUGUUCCUUUUAGCAGCGAAAAAGAAAGUAACUCUGUACAUAUCAAAGAUGACUAUUACAAAGAUGUUAUUACUAAUGAUUUACCAACUAGUUCUGAACAAAAUGGCAUAUCAGAUCAUUUUAAAAGUGAAAAUAAUAUGACUGAUGAUAUCAGAUUAGCUCAAAAUACUUGUAUUGCAACAAAUGUAGAAAUACCUUUACCAUCGAGAGAAUUACACACAAAUGAAGAACAAGAGAUCAGUAUAAGUGUUCCACCACGGAGAAAAAAGCAAAAUUUAAUUGAUAAGAAAAUAGAUAGUGUUCCAGAUGUAGGGAACUCUUUAUCAAAAGAUUCAAUUCCGCAGCCUACUCAGCCCGACAAAAAAUAUCCUGAUCACUUAAAUCCAUUUUCUGAUGAUGAGGAUGAGCAUGAUGAAACUGAAAUGUCAAGAAAAGUAAGCACCAAUCCAUUUGGGAGCAGUGGAGAAGAGGAUGAUGAUGUUCCACCCAUUCAUCCACUACCUAAAGUACCUGAUGUUAAACCAUCAACCCCAAUGAAAAAACUUAUCAAAGCAUAUAAUCCUUUUUGGUCGGAUGGUGAGGAACCAUCUUCAGAUGAAGAAGCUUGCGAUAAGAGUUCGAAUAUGCACAAAUCAUCGCUAACGACAAGCACACCCAACCUGCCGGCGAGUACCCCGCGUCGCCGCAAGCCCAAGGCGCCCCCUCCGCCGGCCAUCAUCGCCGAGCACUUGGACGUACCUUCCACCUCCAUGGACGACGUGGCCAGCAUAUCCUCCUUUAGCUCUCAAACCACCAUACAUUCCGAUCAGAAGUCCAUCGGUAAAUCAACCCCUAAGUUAAGGAAGCGGCGGCCGGCACCGACUCCUCCAGACAGUCUGUCUACGCUGUCAGGGUAUGGAGAAUCUAUGGAGAAAAGCAUUGACUUGUCGGAUGCCCGCAACACACCGGAUGCGAGGCGCGUGAAAGGGCCGGCGCCGGGGCUGCCGCUGCCGGAGCGGCGCGCCGUGAAGCUGCAGCUGUCGCCCGAGGAUCUGCAGGUGCAGCUCGAGCUGCUGGAGACGCAGCAGCUGGGCCUGGAGCGCCAGGGCGUGCUCCUCGAGCAGAUGAUCCGCGACAAGUGUGAGGGCGACGAUGGCCCCACGGCGCCUCAAGAGGAAAUAGAAGACCUGGUAAUACAGCUAUGUGAACUAGUCAACGAGAAAAAUGACCUGUUUAGGAAGCAGACUGAGCUUAUGUACAUACGAAGGCAACAAAGACUUGAACAAGAGCAAGCUGAUAUAGAGCAUGAAAUCAGGGUCUUACAGUCAAGGCCCGCCGCCAACAGAAUUGAUGCGGACAAGGCGCGCGAGGAGCAGCUGGUGUCGCGGCUGGUGGAGGUGGUGCGGCUGCGCGACGAGCUUGUGCAGCAGCUGGACGCCGAGCGCCGCCGCGAGCGCCAGGAGGACUGCGCCAUCGCUGCCUCCAUCGCAUCCAAGAGAGCACAAAGGAACAGCGAAUCCAAUAGUUCAUCAAUAAAAUCUGCCGAUGCAGUGACGCCGGUGAAGAAAAACAAAGUAAAGGAUAAAGUUAAGAAACAGUUGAAAAAGGCGAAACACACGUUAAUUUCGAAGAAAAAAGACGAGGACAAACCAGAAAAAGACAAAAAAUCGAAAUGAUUUUAUAUAUAACGCUUCCAUCUACUCCACUAACCUAGAUCUUUUUAAGUUAAUUACUAAAAUAAGGAAAAACAGAUAUCUACUUGCAUUUUCAAUGCGGUAAUUCAAACUUGAAAGCCGUCUUGAUGAGGGCGCGAAAAGUACUUAGGAAGACUGAAACAUUCCACUUAAAUAAAAUUGUAAGAGUAAAAAUGACGCUAAAAUCGCAUUUAAUAGUAGGUAUAUUUACUGAAACUGUUUACUGUAUGUAUGAAAUAGUUAUUUUUCGCUGAUUGCACAUUGCAUACGCCGCAUUUCUUCCGCGGGUUAGUCUGUAGGCGCGUACUGACUGACGUCAGUCAUUACUUUAUACGGUUGACUUAAGGAAAUCAAAAGCACAAAUAAUAAAUAAUUUAUACAUAUUAAACAAGUAUAUAAUAAGAAAUUGUGACAUAAUUAGCUCAAAACUUAUAAAAGAUAAUUGUUUUGGUGCACUUAUUGUAUUGGAAAGGCAAAUUAUUUUUAAGUUAACAGUAUUAUUCACAGUUUUUAAGGUCCGCUGCAUAUUUUAUCAAAAAUUGUCUGUCAGAAAUAUAUCGUCGAUUAAUGAUGAUCAAACCGAGAGUUCCCUCUUCUGGUAUGAGUCAGAUUUUUUCUGACAAUUCUCUGAUGAUGAUAUGCGGCCGCUGGCGUGGUGCAACAAAUGUGUCAAUAAUGGAAUCUCAAAUAAAUGCAUUGAGCUAUUUAUUCACUAGAAAACUUUUUUUUUCAAAGAAAAUUUUAACAGUACAUAUGCAGUUUAUUAUAUUGUGACAUUUUGUAAAAUAUAUUUAUAUUUUUACAGUACCUACCCAUUUUUAUUUUGUUUACGAUUAUUUUAGAUAUUAAUUAUUUUUUUGAUAUUUUUGUCUUUUGUAGAUAAAUUAAUAAUUGCAUAAAUUGCUUCCAAAGGUGCUUUAUCAAUUUUUUUUAAUAUAUUACUAUGUUUAAAAGUGAACGAAAUCUUAACAAGGAUAAUUACACAGUGUAAUCAGAACGCUAGCAAAAACGUAGCACUAUUAUUAUUCUACCUAAGCACAAUCCAAUACAAGUAACCUUUUGCCUUAUACUUGUAGUUUUAGUGGUUUGGGGCUGAUUUUUCAAUCAUCAAAUAACUUUUAUCCGAGGAAUAAUUUGAGGUUUUGACAUUUGACAUAGGAAAUCAGUCAAAACGUGAAAUUUAUAUUUCUCAGAUAAAAGUUAUUGUUGACUAUUGAAAAAUCGCCCCUUAGUAUUUUUCAGACCCGCAAUGGCAAAAUCGGGGUCAACGCCCCAACUACGCAACGUACGUUGACCUCUAUCUAGCAUCUGUAAGAUAUUUUAUUUUUAUUUUAUGCAAUACAUUAAGAACUUUUGAAAAAUACAGGUUUUUCAUCAAUACUACCACUUGUCUUAGUUUUUGCUUGCAUUCUAAUUACGUUCUGUAUGGCUGUUUUGUAAUCAAAACUUUUUUUAAUGUCUGGUACUUUUAAAAACGUAUUUUAUUAUUUUAUAUAACACUCCUAAAAGCUAUAUCAAGUAAACUAAAAAUAAACCUACUUAGACAUAACAGAAUUCAAUAUGGUCAGUGUGUGAUAAAUCAGAUUCAGUUCCUGUAAUUUGCAUCAUUUGAUUCAUAAGCACUUGAAUAAAUAAAAUUUAAUUAACAAUGUAACUAACAUAUUUUAGGACGAUUCAGUUGAGUAUUUCAUUGUUUGUAAAAUGCCAUAACCCAGUCCUCUACUGGGAACUAUAUUUUGAUUCUGUCAUUCUUAAUUGUUCAUAUACUAAUUUAUUGUCUUAGAUGAAUACAUAAUAAUAUUGAUUAUUUAUGAUUAAAGUUGGGGCUCCUACCUUAAUAUCAUUUAUUUCAGAAAUCGAAUUAUUAAUAUUAAGCUACAGUUAAGUAACAUGUUUCACCUCUGAAUAUACUUAUUUUAACACAAUGUGUAAGUCCUUACAAAAUAAGCACUCAAGUAUAAAAAAUAGCUUUUAUUUACAAUUGUUGCAAUGGAAUCAAUAUAAUACUCGUAUUGUUCUUUCUUUACAACUUUUUGAUACUUUGUUUACUAUAUUUACAUUUGUUGUGAAUUAAUUAUAUUUUAUCAAACAUACUUCACUUUAGUUAAAAAUAAUAUAAAGAAAACAUAAACUACACCACCACACAGACUUUAUAAAUGUCUUGAACAAAAUGUUUAACACUUUAUUUACCUAUGAGCACUCUUUGAAUUAGUAUCUACCUGUAAAUGCACAAAAAUAUUUUUAUUUAAUAAUAUGAGUUACUUAAAUAUUGA